UUCCUUCAAUAAUAUCAGUUUAUUCGAGACCUGAUUCACCUAAUUUAUAAAACGGCGAAUUCGAACCGAAACUGGAAUCGUGCCAGAAGAUGCCGAAUUUAUCAGGAUCCUCGGUCGAUCAAACGAUAACGAGAGCUUCGAGUCUCCAUUUCCGUCAGAAUCGCGAGACCGCAACGGGAGCAUCUCGUGUCAAUUCAGCUCUCGAACAACACCUGGCCCUGUUUGGGUGGUGAUGGCAACCCAGCCCAGUUCUUCCACGCCUCCCCUCCGACGUCCUCGGUCUUAGUAAUUAAGCCAAACACUUGAGAGGGUUGAGGGAGAGGGACGGUCCAAGGCAGGGCAGAGCAGCAGAGCUAACGAGAAGCAACGAUGCUCGCCGCGAGGGCGACUGCUCCCCACCACCAAUGCCGCCUCCUUCCCUCCAAGCCCCUCCAGAUCCCAAACGUGAACCCCGAUCCUAGCCGUAGCCUUCGAUCCGCGAUGGGCCUCCGCCUCCUUUUUUCCCUCAACACCACCCAGCUCGGCAGCAGCAGCACCACCGCAGCGCCGGCGGCGCAUCCUCUCCAGACGCCAGCCCAGACGCGCGUGGACAUCCUGUCGGAGUCGCUCCCCUUCAUCCAGCGGUUCCGCACGAAAACGAUCGUGGUCAAGUACGGUGGCGCUGCCAUGAAGUCCCCGGCCCUCCAGUCCUCCGUCAUCAGCGACCUCGUCCUCCUCUCCUGCGUCGGCCUCCGCCCUAUCCUUGUCCACGGCGGUGGCCCGGAGAUCAACUCGUGGCUCCUCCGCCUCGGCCACCAGCCCCAGUUCCACAACGGCCUCCGCGUCACGGACGGCCUCACCAUGGAGGUGGUCGAGAUGGUUCUCGUCGGCAAGGUGAACAAGUCCCUCGUCUCUCUCAUCAACCUCGCUGGCGCCACCGCCGUGGGCCUCUCUGGCAAGGACGCCCGGCUCCUCACCGCCCGCCCUGCCCCCGACGCCGCGGCCCUCGGCUUCGUCGGUGAGGUGGCCCGCGUCGACCCCGCCAUCCUCCGGCCCAUCCUGGCGGAUGGCCACAUCCCCGUCAUCGCUUCCGUGGCCGCGGACGACGCCGGGCAGGGCUAUAACGUGAACGCGGACACUGCCGCGGGGGAGAUCGCGGCCGCCGUCGGGGCGGAGAAGCUGAUCCUGAUGACGGACGUGGCGGGGAUCCUGGCGGACCGGAACGACCCGGGGAGCCUGGUGAAGGAGAUGGACAUCAGCGGGGCGAGAAGGAUGGCGGAGGUGGGUGGGGAAGUCGGCGGUGGGAUGAUCCCCAAGGUUAACUGCUGCGUCAGGUCCCUCGCCCAGGGCGUCCGCACGGCCAGCAUCAUCGACGGCCGCGUCCCCCACUCCCUGCUCCUCCAGAUUCUCACCGAUGAGGGCGCCGGGACCACGAUCAAUGCUUGAUUCUGAUUGAUCCCAAUGCCCCUCACUUUUUCAUGAUUGACCCCGAUACGCUGCUGCCCUCGUUCUGAUGGCUGUGCUGCUGCCAGUGGUAAUCUUUUUUGAGAAAAAGAUUUGAUAUCAUUUUUAUCUUUUUUUUUCUUAUAAAAAAUAAAUAUGAUAUACUAUUCAGCU